UUCCUCAACCCAAAGACACCCUAAAGUUUCUCGCAACAUUUUAAAAUCUCUCCCCGUUCCGAGCUCUUUGUGUCUCGUCGAUUGGCAAAUGAGGCUGCCGGCAAAUGAUUGACGAAGUCGAUUGUGUUUUGCUUCUCAAUUUCACUGGUUACGCCGCAACCCAUUCGACUUCUGGGUUGAAGAACAGGGAAACUCAUCAGCAGUGCAGUUCGCAUUUUCGUGCCAGAGUUUGAAGAUGCUGCUACAGUGUCUAACUUAUUAACUAAUACGAUCCCAGGAGUUCUUCCGUAGUCCCGUAGUAACGAGUAUGUGCAUUAUGAGAAAUUUGGAUAUGGAAGUGGAAGGGAGUUUGAUUCAUAAAAUCCACAGUUCCUGCACCGGUGGCGGCAUACAUUUUGCUGCCCCAGUUUCUUCUUUGAGGACAAAUGAACUAGACCUCGUUCGUGGCGUGUUGCAAAUGCUGCAAGGUUUAUCAAGUUCUUUGUUCUUUUGGGAUGAUGCUCGACAGUUGUUUCACUUCAAGAAAGGGAUUUAUGUAAUUCAUCUUUCGCAGACUAGUUUGUAUCGUAUUCUUGAUCAAUUUUCAUAUGCAGCAACUUGUUUGCAUUUAGUUGAUAUCGUGCUAAACAAAAUUGAGAAAGCCAAGAGCUCAUCCCCACCUACUUUAAGAGCAUUUGCUUGCUCUGUUAGGACAUGGCUUCAGAGGAUGCGAGAUGUUUCUUUAAAUGAAGAAGUGAAAGUAAAUAGCUCAAAUGCCCAUAUCACUGCAUCUAUCCUAGGCUUAUCAAAUUCUUUAUCAAGUGUGUGCUCGGGUGCUGAAUAUUUGCUUCAAGUAGUUCAUGGAGCCAUUCCCCAAUUUUUUUGUGAACUUGAUCCCCAUGUUCCAGCUGUGGAUAUUGCUGUUCAAGUUCUAAACCAUAUUUAUUUGAGGCUGAAUGAAGUGUGUCUUGUGCAAGAGGGAGAGGAGGAUGCUUAUAGGAUGUUGCUUCACAUAUUUGUGGGAACUUUACUGCCAUAUGUAGAAAACCUUGAUUCUUGGCUUUUCCAAGGAACCCUUGAUGAUCCUUUUGAGGAGAUGUUUUUUGUUGCAAGUAAAAAAAUUGCAAUAGAUGAGGCUGAAUUUUGGGAGAAAAGUUGUCAGCCAAGAUCAGCUCUGUCUGAGAAAUCAAGUUUUGCUGAUUUUGUCUCACAAUCCCUACCUUCAGGUAAUGAGAAAAAAGAUCUUACUAGUAGAGCAUCCAUUUCUCUGUCUAGUGGAACAAUUGGAAAAACCGAGAAUAGAAAAGAUUUUCAACAUUGCCCAAUUUUCAUCAAGGACAUUGCAAAAGUCAUCAUUUCUGCUGGAAAAUCAUUGCAACUUAUCCGCCAUGCUCCAAUGACUUCACUUUUAGUUUCUGCGGAGAAGAUUGAUAAUAGUUAUAGCAUUGCUGGUUUAACCUUGUCUGAGGUAUUUUGCUUGUCAUUAAUGGCUUUAAUUGGUGAGGGAGAUCACAUUGCUGAAGGUUUAUGGAAAGAUAGCAGGCAUUUACUUGGAUCCACAAAUGAUGUUCAGAAGCUAGAGAAGAUUGACAGUAGCUUGUCAGCAGACUCUGAGUCAAAAAAAGUCUGGCAAAAGUUGUUCAAUGAGAUGUUAACCCAAAAAUGUGAUAAUUGUUUAGUAUCUUCUUUGAAAAAUGUUCAGAGUCAAUGCCAUAAUCUGAAGGGGAAGGCACCCAAAUUUUCCCAAAAGUAUUGUCCUGAAAAUCCAGCUCUUACUGUAUGUCUUGAACUUCUAUCGGAGAACUUGCCUUCUUGGAGUCCACUGAACAUAUCUCAAGCGUUUUAUCUCCCUCCAUUAGGUGAUGAGAGUCUAAGGGAUGCCAUAUUUAGUGAUAACAGUGGUUGUGGUUUGACAAUCAAGAGCACAGAUUACACUUCUGGUUUUCUGUUUGGUGAAUUAAAACAUUCAAGGUUCUUGGAAGAUGCAAAAAUGCUCGAAGCCUUGAUUCCAUUUCCAACACUUCUUCCAUCUUUCCAGGAACACCUUUGCAUGUCAGAGGUUUUACCCUUUCAGAAUAAUAGCACUCUCUCAUCAAGAAUCCUUGGCUGGAUUCAAAAUGUUGAACCUAAAACUACUCCACUUCCUGCAGUGAUUCUUCAAAAAUGCCUUAUCUUCUAUGUUAAGAAGCAGGCUGAUUACAUUGGCAGAACUAUGCUGUCAAAAUUACUAGAUGACUGGAGAUUACUAGAUGAAAUAGGUGUAUUGCGUGCUAUAUUUUUAUUAGGAUCAGGUGAUCUGCUGCAUCACUUCUUCUCAGUGAUCUUCAACAAGCUAGACAAAGGAGAAUCCUUGGAUGAUGAUUUUGAAUUGAACACAAUAUUACAGGAGUCAAUUAGGAACUCUGCUGAUAAUGUACUUCUAAGUACACCAGAAUCAUUAGUUGUUUCAUUAGUACAUAAUCCAAGCUCCAAUGAAGAUGAACCACACAGUCCAUCAAUUUCUGUCACAACACCUCGUAAAGGUAGAGGACACAGCUCUUCAAUGGAUGCUCUUGAUUCACUAAGGUUCACAUACAAGGUUUCAUGGCCACUUGAACUUAUUGCAAACCUAGAAGCCAUGAAGAAAUAUAAUCAGGUGAUGAUAUUUUUGUUGAAAGUUAAACGCGCCAAAUUUGUGCUUGAUAAAACUAGGAAGUGGAUGUGGAAGGAUAGAGGUGCUGCAACAACAAAGCACAAGCGUCACUGGUUGUUAGAGCAAAAACUACUCCAUUUUGUGGACGCCUUUCACCAAUAUGUUAUGGACAGGGUCUAUCAUAAUGCAUGGCGUGAGCUCUGCGAGGGUGUGGCUGCAGCUGGAAGCUUGGAUGAAGUCAUUGAAGUUCACGAGGCUUACUUGUUGUCAAUUCAGCGCCAGUGUUUUGUGGUUCCGGACAAGCUGUGGGGAUUGAUUGCCAGCCGCAUUAACAGCAUCCUUGGGCUUGCUCUUGACUUCUACUCUGUACAACAGACCCUAAGCAGUGGCGGAACAAUAUCUGCCGUCAAAACUAGAUGUGAGAAGGACCUGGAGCGGAUAGAGAAACAAUUUGACGACUGCAUGGCAUUUCUUCUCAGGAUUCUGUCCGUGAAACUCAAUGUCGGGCAGUUUCCUCAUCUGGCAGCAUUAGUGACUCGCAUCAACUACAACUCUUUCUACAUGUCUGAUGGCGGGGUUGUCACAGCCUCUCCUGCUUCAAUUCCCUAGCGCCUGCCAUAAUCAGGCGAACAUCUGAUCUGGUGGCCCUGUUUCUUCAAUAUGCUGUUCUUCUUCAAGUGAAUUGCUGCUAGACUAUAAUUCAGAUCUCUGUCCUGCAGUUGGGAUUGAAACUUUAUUUGCUGACAAGUUUUGGUUUUGCUGUACAUGCUGCCGAUGAUGCACACGGGAAGUUGCUACACAAUUCACUACACCAAAAUUGAAGUCGUGCAGCAGGUAAAUAGCGCUUACAUAUUCCUUUCCCCUUACUGCUGUGUAUGUAAAUGGUGAACACUGUUUUAACCCAGGGGUGGUUUGAGCUUUUGGACGGUUGUUUUUGUGUGUCAAUAGAUAUUUAUAGUUCUAAUCAUACCAAUGGUUUGAGUAGUACUGUUUUAGUAUUUUUUUAUGUUUAAUAUAUAUAUAUAUAUAUAUUUCAAAAUGUAACCACGAUUACACAAUUUUCUAGCUAUGUGUAU